GCUUUUCACCAAUCAAAGAAGAUAUAUCUCAAACGUUGCAGUGAACAACUGGCAUUGAAGUUCUGGUUGGCACCAGAAGAGGAGAAAAAACUAGGCUGUGUUGCUCUUUAAAGCAGUUAGUAGCUGAAAACGAAGACUGCAUUACAGAACAUCUGGAAAUUGCCUGAAAUAUUGGGAUGAUUUGGCUGAAAUAUAUUGUUCCAUUGCUUCUGUGGACAUGUUGUAAUUCCCAAAAUGUGUGUAACGAACCACCUGGGAUUGAUUUUGGAGAGAUUGUAAGUGAUGAAAAAGUUGAGUAUCAAAAUGGUGAUAGAGUGCAAUACAGGUGCUUCCCUGGAUAUGCCUUGGAGGGGCCUGAAUGGAGAACAUGCAAAGGACCAGAGUGGACCCCUGAACCAAAGUGUUUGGCACCUUGUACUAUCAGAAAGCAACAGCUGGAAGCCAAAAAUCUAUUUUUGUCUGGUGGCCAAAGAUAUUCAGUUGCUGUUCCAAAUAAUCAGACACUGGAAUUUCUGUGCAGGGAAGGCUACGUCCUCUCAACUCCUUCUUUCAGGAAAUGUAUUGAUGGGCACAUGGAUUUGCCAUCCUGUAUCUCUGAAAGAGGAAAAAACUGUAGUGGCUCACCGACUAUUGAGAAUGGGGACAUCACAGCUUUAUCUCAGAAACAAUACACUUCUGGCUCUUCGGUAGAAUUCAAAUGCCAACAAUAUUUCACAAUGGAAGGGCAAAGCAGAUCUUUUUGUGACAAUGGAAAUUGGACAAAAGUGCCUGUCUGCUUAGAGCCCUGUGUUAUGUCAUUGGCUGAGAUAGAAAAGCAAAACAUAAGCGUGAAACUGAGGUCAAAUGGAGAUGAGAUUCAAACUUUGUACCUUCCACGUGGCGAUUCUAUUGAAUUUAGUUGUAAACCUGGACACGUCCUCGCAACAAAUCAUGCCCAGUCUGUUUUUGAAUUCCAGUGCAGGGGACGGCCAAUUGUGCUUCCUGAAUGUAAAGAAAUUGUAUGCUUACAUCCAGAAGUAAGUAAUGGCAUGGUCAGUCCUCAUCGCCAACAGUACUCAGAUGAAGACACAAUCCAGAUACAGUGUGAUCCUGGCUAUGAGCCUGAACACCAGCAAGAAACUUCCAAGUGCACUAAGGAUGGCUGGCUACCACAACCAAAAUGUGUCUCAAAACGCUGUAACUACCCAGAAGGAGAGAAUAUAGUAGUAUCUGGAUACCCUUGGCGUUACAGAGAUUUCUACUUUCCAAAAAGGGAGGGAGCUUACAUUGACACUAAAUGCAACAAUGGCUUCUUGCCAGCAAAUAAAGAGAUCUGGCAACGUUCGACAUGCACUAAAUCUGGAUGGAAUCCAGAACCAAAAUGCUUUAAACAAUGUGAACACAGAAGAGGGUUUCCACAUGGUAAUUUUGUUUAUUUGACCUGGCAUAAAUUCAUAGAAGGCAAUGACAUUUCAUUUUCCUGUGAUAUGGGAUAUUAUCCUGAACAACAGGAAGCAAAGACCAAGUGCACAAAAAAUGGCUGGUCCCCCACUCCAAGAUGCAUCUCCAGCGAAAUACCUACCUGUGAAAGCAAACCUCUACUUAAUGGCUUUUUCACUGACCGAAAGGACCAGUUUGCUCUCAAUGAGAGAACAAGAUAUAGUUGUCAGAUUGGUUUCACAACUCGGGAAGGACAUGAAGAGGGAGAGACACAGUGCCUUAGAGGAGGAUGGUCACCGAAGCCAGAGUGUAUCAGUAAGUAGUUCAAUGACUGAAAAAUUCUGUGUUGUUUAUACAUUACCAGGAAGCAGGUCGAAAAUUGAUUGAAUUAGCACACAACUUGAAAAAGUAAGCAACAGCUAUAACCAGUUGGUGUCAACUAUUCAUCAAAGGUGAUUAAUGGAACUAAAAUACCAGUAUGGUAAAGUGGUAUGAAUGAUGAGCUGGGGAGACCCAGGUUCAAAUACUCACUCAGCCAUGAACCAUCCUGGAUGUAUGUUUUGGGGUCAGUCAGUCUCACUUAUCAUAAUGUACCACACUGGUUAUUGUGAGGGGAAAUUGGUGAAGUUAGAAAACCAUGUAUGCUGCUGUGAGCUUUUGGGGAGAAAGACAGGAUAACAAGAGGUCUGGAAGUCACUAAAGCCACCACAUCAGUACCUUUCCCUCAGGCACCCUUGCACACAACUUGAUUUGUGUUCUGAAAAUUUAUAUUAGCAAUAUCUAUUCAGCAAGCUGUGGCUUCUUAUAAAUGCCACUGGAAAUAGUUAUUUCCUAUGUGAACAUUUCCACCAUGUCCGUGGCUGUUCACCAGGGGCCCAGGAAUACCUUCUUCUAGUUAAAACAGAUCCACUUUUUGUCACACUGCCUAAUCCUGUAAAAAUAAUAGUCCUCUGCUCUGGAUUUUCCAGAUCAGGCAGGAUACCUGCAGGGAAAAGUUGUGUUUCCCUGUUCUACUCUUUGAUAUGAGAACAAAACCCAGACACGGCAUAGGAUAUGUGUUUUGAUUUUUGUACAAAAGCAGUGUGUGUGUGGCGUUAUUAACUGUGCUUUCAGGGAAGGAAGAAUUCUUGUGCCCCCCCCCCCCCCAGUACAUACAUAUUACAGUAGCUUUAGGCAUUUAUUUGCUCUAGAAAAAGGCUAAUCACUUGCUACUGUUAGAACAUUUGAGAUCAAAUAUAGAAUUUGAAGACUUCAGCUGCCUUGGGCUGGAGUUCAAAAGGCAUGGUUAAACAGCUAACAAAAUAGACUGAACUGAUACUUUCAGCAUAACUGACCUCAUUGGUUUUUUGUGUAGAUAAAAAGUAGAAGAGCGGAAUAACAUAAUCUGCUUUGUUCCCCCCACCCAUGGAAAAUGGUGCAGUAUUGA